AUGGGGAGAACGAAGCAGAGUACGCCUUUGCGCCGAGAGCCCUCCAGCGAGUAUGUUCAGGGCGAGGUCCGCGGGACACCUUCAAAGGGUGCGAGAAACAUUGGAAAUGGGAGAUCUAACGGUGAUCUGAUAAAUGGGACGGCCAAUGGAGAUGUUCUAAAGCCUGCUGUCUCGGCACAAAAAGAAGCUGGUUUAGUACAAUUGAUCUUCGCUGCUGGUGGUAUCUAUGGAUCUUUUUUGACUUGGGCUCUUUUACAAGAACGCCUUACAACAACACCAUACGGCAAUGCCAACGCGCCUGAGCUAUUCAAAUUCCCCGUGUUUCUCAACACGGUACAAUCGCUCUUCGCAGCUUUAACGGGAUAUAUGUACCUUCGAUUCGAUACAAAAGCCGGGACUUCACCCGCGCCUGUCUUUCCCAACAGCAGAAUUUUCGUUCCGCUCUUGCUCGUCGCUAUCACCUCCUCCCUCGCCUCUCCAUUCGGCUACGCAUCACUUGCACAUAUUGACUACAUUACAUUCAUUCUCGCCAAAUCAUGCAAGCUGCUACCUGUGAUGUUCCUACACGUUACAAUUUUCCAAAAGAGAUAUCCAUUGUACAAAUACUUGGUGGUUCUAGCGGUCACUUCUGGUGUUGCGGUCUUUACGUUGCAUGCAGGUUCGGGAAAGAAGAAGGCGAGCAAGGCGGAUUUGAACCCAGAUCGUAAUUCAAGCUGGGGGCUUCUUUUAUUGGCCGUCAAUUUGUUAUUUGAUGGCUUGACCAACACCACACAAGAUUACAUCUUCACGGCCAAUAAGGGUUAUAAGGGUCCACAGAUGAUGUGCGCGAAUAAUCUACUCAGCACCGCUCUGACUCUGACAUACCUCGGUCUUUCCCCAUAUAUUAUCCAUACUGGAAUUGGAGAGUACUUGGGAAUGGAUCUUUCUUCAGGAGGAGGUGGAGAGUUUGCUUCAGCUUUAGGAUUCAUGCGACGGAAUCCAGGUGUGUGGUAUGAUGUUCUUGGUUUCGCAGCUUGCGGUGCUAUCGGUCAAGUCUUUAUCUUCUAUACAUUAUCAACCUUCUCCUCUCUCCUUCUAGUCACCAUUACUGUAACCCGCAAAAUGCUCACCAUGAUCUUGUCCGUGAUGUGGUUCGGACAUCGUCUAGUCGGCAAGCAAUGGAUGGGUGUUGGGCUAGUGUUUGGCGGCGUGAUCACUGAGGGCGUAAUCACUAAAAUGGAAAAGGCGGCCAAGGAAAAGGCUAGGUUGGAGAAGGAAACGAAGAAGGAGCUGUAA